AUGGCUCCUAUUACUCAUUCAGCAGCCUUACGACUCCUCACAAUCUUCUACCUCUCCCUCGCCGUGACCGCUUCGCCACUAGGACCAUGGCGUCCCUCGUCCCCCUCGGCAGAUCUGGCACAUUCCGACUCUGGCCGGCAAAUAAUCUUUCAGGACCCCGUGACAUACUCGUCUCCCACUGCGCAACCACGAUCACUCAACUACCUCGACGCUUCAGCAAACUCAGUCGGGUUGCUGAUCACAGGCGAGGAUGCAGAGGGUGAGGAGGAGGCGGCACAUGUGUGGCUGCCACUAGGAAAGCGAGUGAGGACUCUCGACGCUCCGGAAUUACCCCUCCGACCCCUGACAGCCCGCAUAACAACCAUGAUCCGCUCGUCUCCGCAAAUAGCGACGCCGGAGCACCUCGAGCGCGUGGUGUGUCGUAUCUUCCCUAAGCAGGUCCGGUUGGCCUGGGAGAUCGAAACGCAGGAUCCUGAUUCUGUCCCGAUUAUUGUGCGCCGGACGGAUGAGCUACUAAGGCUAGUGAGCCGAAGCGGCAAGCCGGUGGGCGAGGUUGAGGCCUAUGAGUGUGCAUGA